AUGCCCCUGCAGGUUAGCGAUUACAGCUGGCAGCAGACGAUGACUGCGGUCUUUAUCUCUGUGCCCCUCCGAGGAGUCUGCGUCAGAGAUGCGGACGUGUUCUGUACGGAAAACUAUCUGAAGGUCAACUUUGCUCCAUUUUUAUUUGAGGUGUUUCUCUAUGCUCCCAUAGACGAUGAGAGCAGCAAAGCCAAGAUUGGAAAUGACACUAUUGUUUUCACCUUACAUAAAAAAGAAGCGGUCAUGUGGGAGACCCUUUCUGUGUCAGGUGUUGACAAAAAGAUGAUGCAAAGAAUAAGGGAGAAAUCUAUUUUACAAGCCCAAGAAAAAGCAAAGGAAGCUACAGAAGCAAAAGCUGCAGCAAGACGGGAAGAUCAAAAAUAUGCACUAAAUGUCAUGAUGAAGAUUGAAGAAGAAGAGAGGAAAAAAAUAGAACAGAUGAAAGAAAAUGAACGGGUAAAAGCAACUAAAGAAUUGGAAGCCUGGAAAAAACGUCAAAGAAAAGCUGAAGAACAAAAAAGAAUUCAGAGAGAAGAGAAGUUACAUCAACAAGAAAAGCAAAUUGAAGAAGAGAGAAAACAAUUAAAAUGUAAAAGCCUUACUAGAAAUUCACCAUCUAGAAAUCAUGCCACAAAAGAGAGAAUCUCAGAAAAUAUGUUUUCUGAGAAGUUAAAGGAAGACAGUAUUCCUGCUCCUCGCUCUAUUGGCAGUAUUAAUGUCAGCUUUACCCCUCGAGUAUUUCCAACUGCCCUCCGGGAAUCACAAGUAGCAGAAGAAGAGGAGUGGCUGCACAAACAAGCAGAGGCACGAAGAGCACUGAAUACUGAUAUUCCUGAACUGAGGGAUUUAAAGGAAGAAGAAAAGAACCCAGAAUGGUUGAAGGAUAAAGGAAACAAAUUGUUUGCAACAGAAAACUAUUUGGCAGCUAUUAAUGCAUACAACUUAGCCAUAAGACUAAAUAAUAAGAUUCCACUAUUAUAUCUGAAUCGGGCUGCUUGUCACCUAAAAUUAAAAAACUUACACAAGGCCAUUGAAGAUUCUUCUAAGGCCCUAGAAUUGUUGACACCGCCUGUGGCAGACAAUGCUAAUGCAAGAAUGAAGGCACAUGUACGACGUGGUACAGCAUUCUGUCAACUAGAGCUGUAUGUAGAAGGCCUACAGGAUUAUGAAGCUGCACUUAAGAUUGACCCAUCCAACAUAAUUGUACAAAAUGAUGCUGAGAAGAUUCGGAAUAUAAUUCAAGGAACAGAGCUAAAAUCCUAA